AACUGGAUCUUCAAAUUUGAAGUUGGAUGUACAGAGGAGAAGAUAAGGAGCUAGUUCUAUUAUAAUUAGCCCACCAGCUUCCUUGCCAUAUAUUUUGGUGCUGAAUUUAUCAUUUAAAAUUUGGUUUAUGGCUGAGCUGAGGAGCUACUUAGCAACAUGAUGGAUUGUGCAGCAAAGCUUAAAGAGUUUACAGCAGAGGACUUGAAAGCAUGCACCAAUGGUUUUCACCAGAACAACCUGAUUGGAGCUACUCAGUUUGGCAAAUUAUAUAGAGGACAGAUUAAGCUAGGGUUUAUUGGAACAGAUCAAGCUCGAGCCGUUACAGUCAAAAUAUGGGAUGAGAAGUCAAGGUGCAUAACAUCCAUACAUGAUGAGUUUCUGAUGGUUAAGGAAGAAGUUCAAUUUUUAACACAUCCAAGUAUAAAUGGUCAUCAAAACUUGGUGAAAUUGAUUGGUUAUUGCUGUGAAAAGGAAGUCAAGGCUGUUGUCUAUGACCUCAAUCCAUGGGAUACUCUGCAUAAUUUGACAGUGAAAGAUUAUCUCAAUUGGGUUCAGAGGCUCAAUGUGGUUCUCCAAUUUGCACGUCUCCUUGAAUUUCUACACAACCAGGACAAGCCAUAUUUGGUGUUGAACAUCAAUUCAUCUCAUAUAAUGCUGGAUUGGGAUUGCAGGCCGAAAUUAUUUGAUUUUGGACACAUUACUGGAGGAAUCAUUGGUGAAAUGACCACACUAAAAAAGCAGAUACCAAUCUCCAUUGGCUUUGUUGAUCCAUUUUUCACUGCAAAAGGUGGUAGUUUUUGGCACACAAGCUGUGAUGUGUUUUCAUUUGGUGUGAUUCUCUUAGGCCUAAUAGCCAAGAGAGGCUUUGAGCCAGAGUGUGCGGAAAAGCCCCACUUGGGACUGGACUGUUUAGUACAGUACUGGGCCAAGAAGGAAUACAAGCCCAAUGGGUCACUUGUCCAUAGGAGCUUGCAGGAAGACUGGGGUUACGUUGAUGAAGAUGGUCUUGCAAUGACAGAGCUGGGAAUGCGUUGUGUUGAAUUCUUCCCAAGAAACCGCCCUACAAUUAAGAAAGCUGUUGAGCUUCUUGAGGGUUUACUGGUUUUUCAACGCUUUGGUGAUGCCAGGCCUAACAAAAGAGAAAAGACAUUUCACGGCAUUGGCAACCAUGCAGGAGGCACAUGAAAUGAAACUAUGUAGCAAUUAGCAUCGUAUUUUCCACGGGGUGGACAAAACUUUGAUUAGCUUGUAACCUAAUUCUCUUUUGAUUUUCUUCAUUCAAUUUGAACAUAUGAUGUAGAACUGUUACUCGUGGAGACUUUGUAG